AUGGAAGGUUCGGCUCAAGUCAUUCACUGCCUUGUUGAAAAACCAGGAGAUGACUCAUUUCUCCUAUCUGCAGUUUAUGGAGGCAAUUCUGAAACUGAAAGGAGAUCCCUAUGGCAUAAUGUUAAUACAUUCUCCACUGGUAAUACAGGAAAUAUGCCUUGGUUACUUAUAGGUGAUUUCAAUGAAACGAGAGAUACAAUUGAACGGAUCGGAUCUAAUACCCGAUGGACUUCUGGAAUGGAUGAGCUAAACACAAUGAUUGAGGAGCUGGCGCUGAUUGAGCCUAAUUCCACAGGCCCAUUUUUCACAUGGACAAAUAAAAGGUCCAAUGAUGAUCUUAGAGCAAGCAAGAUUGACAGGGUCUUCAUUAAUGCAAAUUGGCAGAACAGGUACUCUCAUUAUUCGGUAGAAUUUUUACUGCCGGGUGUUUCAGAUCACUCUCCAUGCCUAGUGCGUCUUAACACCACUGAUAGGAGAAGGAAGCCCUCUUUUAAAUUCUUCAAUUUCUGGACUGAAAGUCCCGAUUUUCUACCGAUUGUCUACGCUGGCUGGCAACUGGAUUUUAGAGGAUCCAAAAUGUUUAUUCUGGUGAACAAGCUCAAAGCAUUGAAACAAAAACUCAAUCACUUGAAUAAAUCUCAAUUUAGUGACCUAUGUCGUAAGGUCAAAGAUGCUAGAGCGAAUCUACAGCGAAUACAACGAGAUCUUGCAUUGGACCCGUACAACAUAAACACCCGGGAUGAAGAAAAGGCACAAUUGGAGCAACUAUUGACCCAUAGCAAACAUGAAGAAGUCCUCCUAAAGCAAAAAUCUAGAAAUCUAUGGUUGAAGGAGGAGGACAACAACAGCAGGAUUUUCUUUGCCUCCAUGAUGCGUAGAAGUGCUCAGAACAGAAUUAACCAGCUCUCACUCGAUGAUGGCACUACUAUAACAGAUGAAGGAGUUCUUAGGGAUGCAAUUGUAUCUUAUUAUCAUCGUGUACUUGGUAGCUCCAGGCACACUCAUUUCCCUUACGAACGAUUUGCUUCCCUAUUCCCUGAAGAUGUCAGUACCGCCAUCAUUUUACCAGACUUUCAACGUACUGAGAUCAUUAAAGUGCUCAAAGGCCUAAAUAAUUUCAAAGCCCCGGGUCCAGAUGGAUACAAUAGUUUAUUCUUUAAAAAAGCCUGGCCCAUCAUAGGGCGUGAUAUAGAGGAUGCUAUCAUGGACUUCUUCUCCUCUAGAAGACUGCUGAAAAAAUGA